AAAGUUCAUUAUUUUUUUUAUAAAUAAUUGUUGUUUUUUAAAUAGUAAAAGGAAUAUUUCAACGAAAACAAAAUGUCACGCAAAGCGCUAAAUGUCCGUGUUACCACUAUGGAUGCCGAGCUGGAAUUUGCCAUCCAGCAAACAACAACCGGCAAACAGCUAUUCGAUCAAGUUGUCAAAACAAUCGGUCUACGUGAAGUUUGGUUCUUUGGUCUACAAUAUACCGAUUCCAAGGGUGAUUCAACAUGGAUUAAACUAUACAAAAAGGUUAUGAACCAAGACGUUAAAAAGGAAAAUCCUCUACAAUUCCGUUUCCGUGCUAAAUUCUAUCCCGAAGAUGUUGCCGAAGAAUUGAUACAAGACAUAACCCUACGUCUAUUCUAUUUACAAGUUAAGAAUGCCAUAUUAUCGGAUGAAAUCUAUUGCCCACCCGAAACAUCGGUCUUGUUGGCCUCGUACGCUGUCCAAGCGCGCCAUGGCGAUCACAAUAAGAACAUUCAUGCGCCCGGCUUUUUGGCCAACGAUCGUUUGUUGCCUCAGCGUGUCAUUGAUCAGCACAAAAUGACCAAGGAGGAAUGGGAACAAUCCAUUAUGACCUGGUGGCAGGAACACCGUGGUAUGUUGCGCGAAGAUGCCAUGAUGGAAUAUUUGAAAAUUGCUCAGGAUUUGGAAAUGUAUGGUGUAAAUUAUUUCGAAAUUAAAAAUAAGAAGGGCACCGAAUUGUGGUUGGGUGUCGAUGCCUUGGGCUUGAACAUUUACGAACAGGACGAUAAGCUGACACCGAAGAUCGGUUUCCCAUGGUCGGAAAUUCGUAACAUUUCGUUUUCCGAUAAGAAAUUCAUUAUCAAGCCAAUUGAUAAGAAGGCACCCGACUUUGUAUUCUUUGCACCACGCGUGAGGAUCAACAAGCGUAUAUUGGCCCUCUGCAUGGGUAAUCAUGAAUUGUAUAUGCGCCGUCGCAAGCCCGAUACCAUUGAUGUACAACAAAUGAAGGCCCAGGCCAGAGAGGAGAAGAAUGCCAAACAACAGGAGCGUGAAAAACUCCAAUUGGCCUUGGCUGCCCGCGAACGUGCCGAAAAGAAACAACAAGAAUACGAAGAUCGUCUCAAGCAAAUGCAAGAGGACAUGGAACGUUCCCAAAAGGAUCUGAUGGAAGCCCAAGAAAUGAUCCGCCGCUUGGAAGAACAAUUGAAACAAUUGCAGGCAUCCAAGGACGAACUGGAAUUGCGCCAGAAGGAAUUGCAAGCCAUGUUGACCCGUUUGGAAGAGGCCAAACAUAUGGAAGCUGCCGAAAAGGCCAAAUUGGAAGAAGAAAUUAUGGCUAAACAAUUGGAAGUACAACGCAUCCAAGAAGAGGUCAAUCAAAAGGAUGAAGAAACCAAACGUCUGCAAGACGAAGUUGAAGAGGCCAGACGUAAACAGGCUGAAGCUGCUGCCGCUUUAUUGGCUGCCUCAACCACUCCACAACAUCAUCAUGUGGCCGAAGAUGAAAACGAAAAUGAAAAUGAAGAAGAGCUCACCAAUGGUGAUGCUGGCGGUGAUGUAUCACGCGAUUUAGAUACCGAUGAACAUAUCAAAGAUCCCAUUGAGGAUAGACGUACAUUGGCUGAACGUAAUGAACGUUUACAUGAUCAAUUGAAGGCCUUGAAACAAGAUUUGGCCCAGUCACGCGACGAUACAAAAGAAACCCCCAACGAUAAGAUCCAUCGUGAAAAUGUCCGCCAAGGUCGUGACAAAUACAAGACAUUACGUGAAAUCCGUAAAGGCAAUACAAAACGUCGCGUCGACCAAUUUGAAAAUAUGUAAAUUAUAUUUCCCACUUGUUUUUCGUUUUUUCUUUCUCUUAAAAGAAAAUCUUUUAUUUUUUUGUUAAAU